CGAAGCUAGACGUGGCCGUGAGAGACUGCUGGGCAUACGGGGAGCCUGAGUUCGAGAAUCCUGAUACACCGAGUCUGCAGCUGACCGGCACUGAUGGCUGUCCUACGAGAAUGAAAACUGAUGCAUUUCUGGGCGAGAACCUACGACACCUUCGACACGGGCGCCACCCUCAUCACCUACGCCAACAUGUCCGCCUUCAAGUUCCCGGAUCGAAUGCAAGUCUUCCUCACCUGCAACGUUGAGAUCUGCACAGAUCGCUGCGACAACCGAUGCUUAGGUGAGCCAAGUCAACCUGUCACAUUUAUCACUAAACCCGAUGUUGUGCGGGUGACUACUCCCCUUACACCUACCCGUCCACCCCCGCCGGCACCUUUAUGUCGUCCAGGCUCUACUGAUCCUCGUUGCAAGCCAGGAAUAGUCCGUCCAGUGUGUGGCCCAGGUUCUACUGACCCUGCAUGUAGGCCUACUGUACCAUCUAAACCACUGUGUUACCCUGGAUCAACUGAUCCUGGAUGUCUGAAGCCUACAACUUCCAAGCCGAACUGCUAUCCUGGUUCCUCUGACCCAAGAUGUGCAAGAUUUACAACGCCAAAGCCAGCAACUGCUCCUCCUAACUGUUAUCCUGGUGCUCGGGAUCCAAGAUGUCCACAACCUAUAACUCGCCCUACACCAAAACCAACAACAGCUCCUCCUAACUGUUAUCCUGGUGCUCGGGAUCCUAGGUGUCCAAAGGCAACAACUCCACGUCCUACUACUAGGCCAACUACUCAGUUUACUUGUAGAAUAGGUUCAAAGGACCCAAGAUGCCAGCAGCCAACAACUCCAAACCCAGGUUUCACUCAGUUCUUCUGUGUCCCAGGAUCCAGAGAUCCUCGCUGUCCUCAACCUACAACCCCUCGACCUAUUACUAUUCCAACUACACAAUUCACUUGCCGUCCAGGUUCUAGGGAUCCGAGAUGUCCUCAACCUACCACAUUGAGACCCAGAUGUUAUCCUGGUUCAACAGAUCCUCAGUGUCCCAGAACAACUCCACGUCCUACGCCCAGACCUACAACUCAACCCACCACUCCUUUCCGUUGUGUACCAGGAUCUAGAGAUCCAAGAUGUCCUCAACCUAUCACAUCUAGACCCAGAUGUUAUCCUGGUUCAACAGAUCCACAGUGUCCAAGAACAACUCCACGUCCUACACCCAGACCAACAACUCAACCCACCACUCCUUUCCGUUGUGUACCAGGAUCUAGAGAUCCAAGAUGUCCUCAACCUAUCACAUCUAGACCCAGAUGUUAUCCUGGUUCAACAGAUCCACAGUGUCGACAAACAACUCCAAGACCUACACCUAAGCCAACUACUCAGUUUAAGUGCUUGCCAGGUUCUAGGGAUCCAAGAUGUCCUCAGCCAACUACAUCUAAACCUAGAUGUUAUCCUGGUUCAACAGAUCCACAGUGUCCACAAACUACUCCGCGUCCUACGCCAAAACCAACAACUCCUCGACCCACCACUCCUUUCCGUUGUGUACCAGGUUCAAGAGAUCCUCGAUGCCCUCAACCCACAACACCCAGACCUGUGUGUUUCCCUGGCUCAAGAAAUCCAGGAUGUCCACAGCCAACAACACCCCGUCCCACACCAAAACCAACAACAGCUCCUCCCAACUGUUAUCCUGGUGCUCGGGAUCCAAGAUGUCCACAACCUACAACUCGCCCUACACCAAAACCAACAACAGCUCCUCCUAACUGUUAUCCUGGUGCUCGGGAUCCAAGAUGUCCACAAACAACAACCUCAUUCACAUGCACAUUUGGUUCAAAGGACCCUCGGUGUGUUCAGCCAUCAACUCCUCCUGACUGUUAUCUUGGUUCGAGCGACCCUAGGUGUCGUGGACUGACAACACCCCGCCCUACACCAAAGCCAACGACAGCUCCUCCUAACUGUUAUCCUGGUGCUCGGGAUCCAAGAUGUCCACAACCUACAACUCGCCCUACACCAAAACCAACAACAGCUCCUCCUAACUGUUAUCCUGGUGCUCGGGAUCCUAGGUGUCCAAAGGCAACAACUCCACGCCCUUCUACUAGGCCAACUACUCAGUUUACUUGUAGAAUAGGUUCAAAGGACCCAAGAUGCCAGCAACCUACAACUCCAAACCCAGGUUUCACUCAGUUCUUCUGUGUCCCAGGAUCCAGAGAUCCUCGCUGUCCUCAACCCACAACCCCACGGCCUAUUACUACUCCAACUACGCAAUUUACUUGCCGUCCAGGUUCUAGGGAUCCAAGAUGUCCUCAGCCAACGACAUCUAGACCCAGAUGUUAUCCUGGUUCAACAGAUCCUCAGUGUCCCAGAACAACUCCACGUCCUACGCCCAGACCAACAACACAACCCACCACUCCUUUCCGUUGUGUACCAGGUUCAAGAGAUCCUCGAUGCCCUCAACCCACAACACCCAGACCUGUGUGUUUCCCUGGCUCAAGAAAUCCAGGAUGCCCACAGCCAACAACACCCCGUCCCACACCAAAACCAACAACAGCUCCUCCUAACUGUUAUCCUGGUGCUCGGGAUCCAAGAUGUCCAACACCUACAACUCGUCCUACAGUUAGACCAACCACCCAGUUCUCUUGCAGGCAAGGUUCAAAGGAUCCAAGAUGCCAGACACCAACUACCCCAAAACCCACCUUUACCCAAUUCUUUUGUGUCCCAGGAUCCAGAGAUCCUCGCUGUCCUCAACCUACAACUCCACGACCAACGCCUGCUCCAACUACACAAUUCAUCUGUCGUCCUGGUUCCACAGAUUCACGCUGUCCUCAACCAACUACACCUAGACCCAGAUGUUAUCCUGGUUCAACAGAUCCACAAUGUCCACAAACUACUCCGCGUCCUACACCAAAACCAACAACUCCUCGACCCAUCACUCCCUUCCGUUGUGUACCAGGUUCAAGAGAUCCUCGAUGCCCCCAACCCACAACACCCAGACCUGUGUGUUUCCCUGGCUCAAGAAAUCCAGGAUGUCCACAGCCAACAACACCCCGUCCCACACCAAAACCAACAACAGCUCCUCCUAACUGUUAUCCUGGUGCUCGGGAUCCAAGAUGUCCACAACCAACAACUCGCCCUACACCAAAACCAACAACAGCUCCUCCUAACUGUUAUCCUGGUGCUCGGGAUCCAAGAUGUCCACAACCUACAACUCGCCCUACACCAAAACCAACAACUCCAUUCACAUGCACAUUUGGUUCAAAGGACCCUCGGUGUGUUCAGCCAUCAACUCCUCCUGACUGUUAUCUUGGUUCGAGCGACCCUAGGUGUCGUGGACUGACAACACCCCGCCCUACACCAAAGCCAACGACAGCUCCUCCUAACUGUUAUCCUGGUGCUCGGGAUCCAAGAUGUCCACAACCUAUAACUCGCCCUACACCAAAACCAACAACAGCUCCUCCUAACUGUUAUCCUGGUGCUCGGGAUCCUAGGUGUCCAAAGGCAACAACUCCACGCCCUUCUACUAGGCCAACUACUCAGUUUACUUGUAGAAUAGGUUCAAAGGACCCAAGAUGCCAGCAGCCAACAACUCCAAACCCAGGUUUCACUCAGUUCUUCUGUGUCCCAGGAUCCAGAGAUCCUCGCUGUCCUCAACCUACAACCCCUCGACCUAUUACUAUUCCAACUACACAAUUCACUUGCCGUCCAGGUUCUAGGGAUCCGAGAUGUCCUCAACCUACCACAUUGAGACCCAGAUGUUAUCCUGGUUCAACAGAUCCACAGUGUCCAAGAACAACUCCACGUCCUACGCCCAGACCUACAACUCAACCCACCACUCCUUUCCGUUGUGUACCAGGAUCUAGAGAUCCAAGAUGUCCUCAACCUACCACAUCUAGACCCAGAUGUUAUCCUGGUUCAACAGAUCCACAGUGUCGACAAACAACUCCAAGACCUACACCUAAGCCAACUACUCAGUUUAAGUGCUUGCCAGGUUCUAGGGAUCCAAGAUGUCCUCAGCCAACUACAUCUAAACCUAGAUGUUAUCCUGGUUCAACAGAUCCACAGUGUCCACAAACUACUCCGCGUCCUACGCCAAAACCAACAACUCCUCGACCCACCACUCCUUUCCGUUGUGUACCAGGUUCAAGAGAUCCUCGAUGCCCUCAACCCACAACACCCAGACCUGUGUGUUUCCCUGGCUCAAGAAAUCCAGGAUGCCCACAGCCAACAACACCCCGUCCUACACCAAAACCAACAACAGCUCCUCCUAACUGUUAUCCUGGUGCUCGGGAUCCAAGAUGUCCAACACCUACAACUCGUCCUACAGUUAGACCAACCACCCAGUUCUCUUGCAGGCAAGGCUCAAAGGAUCCAAGAUGCCAGACACCAACUACCCCAAAACCCACCUUUACCCAAUUCUUUUGUGUCCCAGGAUCCAGAGAUCCUCGCUGUCCUCAACCUACAACUCCACGACCAACGCCUGCUCCAACUACACAAUUCAUCUGUCGCCCUGGUUCAACAGAUUCACGCUGUCCUCAACCAACUACAUCUAGACCCAGAUGUUAUCCCGGUUCAACAGAUCCUCAGUGUCCAAUAACAACUCCACGUCCUACGCCCAGACCAACAACUCAACCCACGCCUCCUUUCCGUUGUGUACCAGGUUCAAGAGAUCCUCGAUGCCCUCAACCAACUACAUCAAGACCCAGAUGUUAUCCUGGUUCAACAGAUCCUCAGUGUCCAAGAACAACUCCACGUCCUACGCCCAGACCAACAAUUCAACCCACAACUCCUUUCCGUUGUGUACCAGGUUCAAGAGAUCCUCGAUGCCCUCAACCUACCACAUCUAGACCCAGAUGUUAUCCUGGUUCAACAGAUCCACAGUGUCAACAGACAACUCCAAGACCUACACCCAAGCCAACUACACAGUUCAAGUGCUUGCCAGGUUCUAGGGACCCAAGAUGUCCUCAGCCAACUACAUCCAAACCCAGAUGUUAUCCUGGUUCAACAGAUCCUCAGUGUCCCAGACCAACAACUCCACGUCCUACACAGCCUACUACACAAUUCACCUGCCUUCCUGGAUCAUCUGAUCCAAGAUGUCUACCAGUAACUACAUCUAGACCCACCACUACUUUCUUCUGUACACCAGGUUCCAAAGAUCCUCGAUGCCGUGAACCCACAACAUCACGUCCAGUAUGUUUCCCAGGAUCAAGAAAUCCAGGAUGCCCACAGCCAACAACACCCCGUCCCACACCAAAACCAACAACAGCUCCUCCUAACUGUUAUCCUGGUGCUCGGGAUCCAAGAUGUCCACAACCUACAACUCGCCCUACACCAAAACCAACAACAGCUCCUCCUAACUGUUAUCCUGGUGCUCGGGAUCCUAGGUGUCCAAAGGCAACAACUCCACGCCCUUCUACUAGGCCAACUACUCAGUUUACUUGUAGAAUAGGUUCAAAGGACCCAAGAUGCCAGCAACCUACUACUCCAAACCCAGGUUUCACUCAGUUCUUCUGUGUCCCAGGAUCCAGAGAUCCUCGCUGCCCUCAACCCACAACCCCACGGCCUAUUACUACUCCAACUACGCAAUUUACUUGCCGUCCAGGUUCUAGGGAUCCGAGAUGUCCUCAACCAACUACAUCUAGACCCAGAUGUUAUCCUGGUUCAACAGAUCCUCAGUGUCCCAGAACAACUCCACGUCCUACGCCAAGACCAACUCAACCCACCACUCCUUUCCGUUGUGUACCAGGUUCUAGGGAUCCAAGAUGUCCUCAGCCAACUACAUCCAAACCCAGAUGUCUUCCUGGUUCAACAGAUCCUCAGUGUCCCAGAACAACUCCACGUCCUACGCCAAAACCAACAACUCAACCCACCACUCCUUUCCGUUGUGUACCAGGUUCAAGAGAUCCUCGAUGCCCUCAACCAACUACAUCUAGACCCAGAUGCUACCCUGGUUCAACAGAUCCACAGUGUCGACAGACAACUCCAAGACCUACACCUAAGCCAACUACUCAGUUCAAGUGCUUGCCAGGUUCUAGAGACCCAAGAUGUCCUCAACCAACAACUUCAAGACCCAAUUGUUAUCCUGGUUCUCCUGACCCAAGAUGCAGAAGCGAAACAACUCCACAACCUACCACUACUUUCUUCUGUACACCAGGUUCCAAAGAUCCUCGAUGUCGUCAACCAAGUGUUACUUGCCCACCUGGGUCAACUGAUCCAGAGUGUGUUAUUCCAUCUGAGCCAAUAUGUGUCCCUGGUACAAAUGAUCCAAGGUGCCCUACGACACCUCGUCCUUUCAGAUGUACACCAGGCUCCAGAGAUCCAAGAUGCCCUCAGCCUACCACUCGCCCUACUCUCAAGCCUCUCCCU